AUGUUCAGCAUCAAUUGGUCGAAACUGUGGCUAGAUGGUGAUGCCAUUUCUGUCACUUACACAAACCAUUCAUGGCCGUUCAGUUUUGCUGCCCACAAUAACUCAGGUAGUGUGACAUGGUCCACACAACUUCAUGUCACUCAAACGUGUCCGCGCCAAAAUGAUCCUAAUCUUCAACUUUGUAAAAGCAUGUUGCUUAGAAGUUGCACCGUACCAAUGACAAGCUCAUGGCUGCCCCAUUCCAAAGACUCUUCGGCGGAGUCAGAAUCGGUUCUCCAGCUUUCUAGAGCACUUUCAACUCCAAUACAAAACUUGGCUGAGAUAUACCCUCGUAAUCAAACCCCUCCAAUUUGCAUGUCACGAAGUAAAGUCCAGCAGAUGAAAGAAAGUGGAGAAGUGGAGGAAACAAAGCAAAAAGUUUUCAAGAAGAAAGGAAAACCACCUUCAGUUCGAGAACUGUUUUCAAGUUCUGGUUUAGAUGAGCAUGAAGAGGAUGAUGGUACAGGGAAGAGAGAUAGCAGGUUGCAGACUUCAGUGAUGGGUGGUGGGAUGGGGAGUGGUGGUGGCAGGAUUUGUGGUGGUUGUAAUGGGAGUGGAAGAGGAUCACAUGGUAGGGAUUGGACAGAUGCUUAUUACCAGAACAUGAUUGAAGCAAACCCCAAUAAUGCUCUUUUGCUUGGAAAUUAUGCUAAGUUUUUAAAGGAGGUUCGAGGAGAUUAUUCCAAAGCAGGGGAGUAUCUUGAAAGAGCCAUUUUGGCUACUCCUGGCGAUGCUAAUGUUUUGUCCCACUACGCAGAUUUGAUAUGGCAAACAGAGAAGAAUGCUGAUCGAGCUGAGGGUUAUUUUGAUCAAGCUGUUCGAAGUGCCCCAGAUGAUUGUUAUGUCCUGGCUUCUUAUGCAAAAUUCCUCUGGGAUGUUGAAGAAGAUGAAGAAGACACAACAACAGAGUGCCAAAAAAAGACUGAUCUCGGCCAUGCAUAUCCACCUGAUCUCUUUCAUGAAACUCAAGACCGUCCUCAUGUUACUGCAGCUUUUCAAUCCUACCUCUCUGAGUGA